ACUUCGGCCAUCAGUUUCAAUGAAUUCAAGACCCGUUAAGCUGUUGCCGUUUGGACACUGGUUUGUUUUCUGAUUCAGUACCUAAAGACGGACAGAGUAGACGGCACUGGCAAUGGAGAAUUUACGAAAGCGUCGAGGCAACGACUUAGACAGCCCUGCUGAUGUUUGCAAAGAAGAUACCCCAAAGAGGGAAAGGCAACUUUUUCACUUUGACCUUUGGCUCUGUCUGACUCUACAGAACUGGAUACUUGACUUUGGAAGACCCAUCGCCAUGAUUGUCUUUCCUUUGGAGUGGUUUCCUCUGAACAAGCCAAGUGUUGGAGAUUAUUUCCACAUGAUCUAUAAUGUCGUCACACCUUUCCUGCUGCUCAAGCUGAUUGAGCGCGCUCCCAGGCCAGUUUCCCGCACAGCCGUCCACCUCUGCAUCAUCACGUUUGUCAUGGGGGCCAGCAUCCACCUGGUGGGAGACUCCAUCAACCACCGGCUCAUCCUGAGCGGCUACCAGCUGCACCUGUCAGUCAGAGAAAACCCAAUCAUCAAAGACCUCAAACCGGCUUCCCUGAUCGAUUCAUUUGAGCUGCUGUAUUAUUACGAUGAACACCUGGGACACUUAAUGUGGUAUAUUCCAUUCUUCAUCAUUGUGCUGAUCUACUUCAGUGCCUGCUCCUCUGAAGCUCAAGAGAAAAUGCCUCUCUCUGGUUGGCUGUUACUGGGACCCAGCUCUCUCUACUAUUGGUACUUGGUCACCGAGGCUCAGAUAACUGGACUGUUCCUCCUUACAUUCCUCGCCAUGUUCAUAGUGAGGAUUGUCCAGCAGUGUAAAGGCGUCGCCCCAGAUAGCAACGGCUCCUUUCUUUUUUAUAGCUUCAGCAUCACUCUGCUGCUCGUGUCCCUGUGGGUGGCCUAUCUGUGGGACGACCCGGUGCUACGCACCAAGUACCCCGGACUGUUUUAUGUUCCAGAGCCCUGGUCCUACUACACCUUAUACAUAAAGGAGAGCGAGUGAACCGAACGUUCAAAUUUUAAACAUAGGAGCAACCGGUGUUUUAUGAUGCGACCGAUUAUUUCUGAAGCACAGGUAAAACCUACCAGUAUUCAGGUAAUCCCCAAAACCUGCUGUGCACCGGCUUUCUCAUGGUAUUUUUAGGUUAUGAAAAACAAACACUUGUGUGGAGAAAAUGUUAAGUUUUUUAUUUUUUUGUGAAGAUUUUUGUAUUUUUUAAAUGCUUUUUUGAGGACUGUUGUGCUUUGCUCUAUUAAAGUUAAAGAGUAUUUACCCUCUAUAGAAAAAGAA